AUGUGUGUGUGUGGGUGUGUCUGUGGUUCCUUCAGGUUUGACACUGCACAAACUCUUGUGUCAAGGUUCCUUCAGGUUUUUUCUUUUUUCGAGGACGAGGGUGAGAGCCCCGUCGAGUCUGAUGAAACAAAAGUCCAAACUUGGAGCAGCCAACAUUACAGGAACGAACCUAUGGUUGUUGUUGCUGCUCCACGAUUGCAAAAGUAUUCUAGUUUUGAUGACCAGAGUGGGGAGAAGCCUCUGCUUUUGCCCAUUCGAAGCUUGAAAUCUCGCUUAUCUGAAGAAGAUAUUGAUGUUCAAUCUCUGAACAUGUCAAUGAGUUCUAAAAGAUUUUCAAGCUAUUCGAAUAGAAAAGCAGAAGUUAAAGCUGUUGAUGCUGAUGAUGUCGAUGCUGAAGUUCAGUCUCAAAAGAGGUCAACAUCUUCCAAAAGAUUUUCAAGCAAUUCAAAUAGAAACACAAAAGUUGAAGGUUCUAGAGCUGAGAACAAGAAGAAAGAGAGUGUGGUGCUUCCUUCUCCCAUUCCAUGGCGUUCAAGAUCAGGAAGAUUGGAACAUAAGCAAGAAGAAUUUGAUGAAGCCUCUACCAUGAUGUUUCCUUCUUCAAAGGAGGAAUCUCGCCCUGUGAAGUCUCAACCUUCUUGCGCUUCUUCACGAGACAAUUCUGUGUCUUUUUCUCCUUCUUGUGGAAUUUGA